AUGAGCGACACCGACAAGGCCACAGCUAGGCACAGGUCCGUCGUGGAAGCGGACAGUCUUCCCGAUCCUGAUGCACAUCUCAGCACGGAGGAAAGGGCUCAGGUGCUCACCCUCCUUUAUCUGUUGGCCUUCAUCGACCGGGCCAACAUUGGAAACGCCAGGAUCGCGGGCCUUCUCGACGACUUGCAUCUGAGCGAGGCGCAGUACAACUGGACGCUCGCCAUCUUCUUCAUUUCAUACUCGGUGUUUGAACCGUUCACGAAUAUUCUUCUCAAGUCAUUUCAGCCUUCGGUGUUCAUACCCCUUACCAUGAUACUAUGGGGCAUAUGCAUGACGAGCAUGGGCUUCGUGACGAAUUGGAGUGGGCUAAUGGCGUCUCGGUGGUUUCUAGGCAUGGCCGAGGCUGGUCUCUUCCCAGGAGUCAAUUACUACCUGUCCUGUUGGUAUCGACGGUCUGAGUUUGGGACGAGAGCUGCAUUAUUCUUCUCAGCAUCCGCCCUCUCAGGAUCAUUCGGAGGUGUUCUCGCCGCAGGGAUCGAACAGAUGGACGGCAUUGGAAACCUCUCUGGCUGGUCUUGGAUAUUCAUCGUCGAAGGUGUCCUCACCGUCCUCGUCGGCAUUGCCUCCGUCUGGAUGGUCCACGACUUCCCGGACGAAGCCACGUUCCUCUCCCCCGACGACCGCGCUCGCGUCAUCCGCCGACUGAGGGCCGAUCAGCAAGGAUCCGCCGUGCGCGAGGAUUUCAAGGCCCUGUACUUCUGGCAGGCCAUGACCGACUGGAAGAUGUGGAUGACGAUGCUGAUAUACACGGGAUGUGACAUGCCGCUGUUCGCAUUCAGUCUGUUCAUGCCUACCAUCGUCAGCGGCCUCGGGUGGGAAGUCACCACUGUGUUCUCGCAGCUCAUGACCGUUCCGCCGUACGCUGCAGCGGCGGUGUUCACGGUCAUGGUCGGCUACGCUGCCGACCACUUUCGCCAGCGAGGGAUGUUCAACAUCAUUGUUGGAUUCAUAGGGAUCAUCGGCUUCUCUUUGCUCAUUAUUACCGACAACUCUGUCAUACAGUAUAUCGGUGUAAUACUUGGUGCGAUGGGUCUAUAUCCGUGCGUUUGUAAUACGAUCGCCUGGAUUGCGAAUAACACCGAGGGCGUGUACAAGCGCGGUGUGGUUCUGGGCUUUGUUAUUGGAUGGGGGAACCUCAUCGGCGUCCCGGGUUACAAUCUCGUUGUCACGACCUCCACCAUAUCAAGUUAUCCAAUCAACUUGUCAGCCCUGAUGGUCUAG